AACUAGUCAACUCCCACCGGCCCACCCCACUAACAAACAUAACAACAAACAUCGCGACUACCAUGCGUUUAAUUUUGUAACACAAAUAAUCGUUAAAUUUGAAUGUUUGAAUGGUUUCAAAUAAAUUAUUGUCCGUUGUCCACUGUGUACAUAAGGUAACAAAAAUGUCACUCGAUUCAUCCGUGACCGAAAGCGUUCCAGCGGAAAAACUAGCCCUAGAAAAGCUGACCACUUUCUGCCAGCACCUAGCCAACACGUACCGCCAAAUCCGAACCCUAACCGGGCCCGAGCGAUCCAAUGUGGACAAAACCCUAGCCAAGGCAUCGCGCUACGAACUGCUUCGGAAAUUGAAUCCUGCAUCCAGUACCUGCUACUCGCAGCAGCAGACAGAGCAGAUCCAAACCGAGUGCCUACACGAAAUCAACAACCGACUGAUUGCCACCGGCGAGCUAAUAAAUGAAACGGCAGACGGCUUCAACAAAUUGCUGCGGAGCUAUCAGGACCUCCAGUACACCGCUCAACAGUUGGACUGGUCCAAAGCAACGACCAGUAGUUUAAUCACCGGAACGGACAAACGGAAACCACUAGAGUACUACCUACAGCAGGGCUUUCGGAUCGUGUAUCAGCUGAACAAGGUCAUCUCACAAAUCAAACUUGUACUGGGUGCUGUUGAUCUGCACAGGAUCGAUUCAAUUCAGAAGUUACGCGAGUGCUUGAAAAUAUCCGAGGAACUCGAUCUAUAUUUGCGGGAGUUUGUUACCUUCACUGCCUUUAUAGUUAAAUAAAACUAUGAAACAUGAAACUUUUGCUACCUAUCUAAUUGUUUUCUUGUUAUAUUUUCAUACAUGAAUACGGGAGAAAGUAGACAUUAAUUUUUAUACCUUUAUUUUAUAUGUGGUACCUAAUUUAGAUUCCACCAAAUAGGCAGUGUCGUAGCAGAUUAUUUCAGCUGUCAACUGGAAAUAAAUGUGAGAACUCCAAUUUAUGUAUCUUGUACUGCAACAGUUGAUUAACCCUUUGUGACUUUAAUUUUUCUAAGCGUUAUUAUAAAGUUUUGUCUACGUAUUUCUAUAGUUUUAGUGUCCAUAAACACAAACAUGGCAAUAUAUGAUGGAAAAUAUUUUUUCGGAAGUGCUAGGUCAUCCAAACUAUUAUUGUGUUUAGGUUCUAAAGUCUACGGGUGUACGUGUAAUCGUAACUUGUAAUAGAAUGUUAGAAUUUAUUUUUUGGUUGUAUUGAGGAUCAACAAAGCUCAUUGGAGCUCAUAUCAUACUAACAGAGAUCAUGAGAUGCUUUCGAGAUAUUCAGGAUUAUCCAAACUGUUCUGCAGUUCAGAACAUGGAAUUUACAGUCAUAACAAGAACUUUCAUUGCUGUUUUGAGUUAUGCAACAUAACGUAAAAACGGUAUCUACGAAAAGCUCGAAAAGACAUUAUAAAAUAUUUACAUGAUUUCCCGUAUGAACUUCAUGAAGCUGUUUUUCGAGUUCGGAACUAGAAGCUAAUAAUAUUAAUAUCACCACCAAUCCUUCUUAAUGUAUUCACUCAUGUUAUUGAAUUUAUCCAGAUGCAGACACCCAUGAGAACAUUUGAGAUGUUGAAGAUCUUUAAAGAAAUCAGCACAUUCGCAAUGCUUAACUUAGACUUAAGACUAUCAAAUAAACUAGAACACAUAUCAAAGGUAAUAACUUCCAUUUCCGAUGCACCGAAUUUCACUACAAAUUAUCAAUAAUGUUGUUUGAAGCCUUACAAAGUAGUAAGAAUAUUGUAAUUACUGGAGGUCAUUCGAAUUCGACUUAUAUUUCAAGUACAAAGCAUAUGAUCUACAACUUUAAAAAUUGCUAUACGAAUGGAGAAACUGUGGUCAAUGAGCUUGUAGUGAGAGUUACAGUGAAAACAGCAACUGUAAGUGCAGCAGCUAUGAGGAAUGUUUAAUAACAGUUUAGACUAUAUAACAACGCUUAUUGUUCUAUAAACAGAUAAAGUGAACGUGGUUGGUUACGUAACGUAAGAUUUUAGUUAAAUAUGUGGGUUACAGUUCAUAGUGCAAAUAACUACUGCAGCGGCCGUAGGUAUAAAGCACUAAACGUCAGGACUAUUUAGACCCCCCUGAAUGCCCUAAAAGUAUAUAAUAACAUGAAUCACUUUUCCAGUAGGUCCGGUAAUCAUAGUAGAUUAUGAAACGUAAUUCUAUAGAGCGGAUAUUUCUACUGCUACGAGUGUAGACCUUAAGUUCUACUCAUUGAAGUGGUUUGAUUGGACUAAAAUACUCAACAAAUAACUUUGAUAUGAUUCCAAAACAUUGAAAUGGAUCAUAGAAAAUGAUUGAAAAAAAGUUCAUAGCGAAAAUAUCUACUGUACAGCUGUACUGUCCCUCUUCGCAUGACAGUCCCAUGUCGUUUCUAAUGCGAAUCAUAUUUCUGUCACUCACGAGGUCAUUUGAAAGAAAUUUCUGGAGCUCGAUUUGAAUAGGUCGUAUGUGCUUUUGUCAAUAUAAAAUUCGAUCAGUUUAUUUUAGUCAUUGUAGCAAUAUGGCAGAUAUUUUGCAAACUUUUAAUGAUGGAACAGAAAGCCAGUUUUGUGAGGAUUCUGCUGUAUGUAUCAACUUUGCUCAAUUUCAACGGUUUUUGCUAUAAUAAGCGAAUCCAACUGAUCGAAUUUUUAAUCGACAAAAGCACAUACGACCUAUUCAAAUCGAGCUCCAGAUUUGAUAUAUCUCCCGUCUCAUUCCACAGCCCAAUAUGCUACGAAAAAGGUGUGCAAGUGAUUUUUUUUGAAAAUAUUUGAAGUUAUAGUACAAAAGGUAGAUACAUUCAAAAACAACAUGGGACUGACAUGCUUAAGAGGAACAGCGAGUGUAGAUGUCAAGGACUAAACUCGAGUAGAUGUCAAGGACUAAACUCCAAGAAAGUUUACAUGACUUCGAAUGUGCCGCUAAAAGUGUAACUUCUAUUAGUCUUCCAUUAGUUCCGGUAGUCAUAGUUUAUUAUGCAUAAUAACUCUGUAAAAUUAAUAUGACUACUGCUACGAAAGUGAAUCUGCAAUUCUGCAUUUGGUUGGUCUGGAUUAUCUCAAAGAAUUUUAAAUAACUAGUACGAGGAUUAUUGAUCAUGAAUACGUGAUAACGAAUAUAUCUACUGUAACAUCUUUAGAGAUCAAGGGCUAAACCCCAAGAUAGUUUGGACGACCUUAAUAUCUAUUAGUCAUCAAGCAGGACCAGUAUCCAUGGUUGAUAGUGUAACGUUUCUCUGUAUAGCGGAUAUGACGACUGUUACGAGUGAGGUUCUAAAAUCCAUGUUAGUUUGGAUGUCCUGCAUCAUCCUAAUAAUGUGAAUAAGUGUCUUCCGGUUUUCAAGAGAUUCACGCAUUACAGCCGCUUAUGUGAUGUUAAAAUUUGGUGCUAAAACGCACAUAAUCACUCUUGUAGAUUUGAAGGACUGAAUUUUACAACUGUUUGAGCACAAACAAACAGACGUAACUCCUAGAGGAAAUUCAUCUAAAAUAAUAGAGUGUUACGUCUGUUUGUCUGUGGUUUGGGGAAACCUUCAGCUUUUCAAAAUAUGAACAAGUUUUCCAUAUUCACAAAAAAAAACCCGAUUUAAUCCACCUAUGGUGAACAGAACCCUUCUUACACUUAUUAAAACUAUUGUUGUAUUAUUUGUAUUUAACAUAUUUACUGUGUAUGAUGGACCAAAAGUUCUAGAAAAUAUUGUGGAUUUGGCAUCUAGUGAAUUGGUUUCCAAAAUAGCAUCAGACCAUGGACAAAACUACCAGAAAUGCCAGACACCUCCUAGAAACUUGUAUCGGAAUAUUUAAAAAAAAUAGCUUACAUAUUCUGGAAUAUUCUAUCUUUUGUUAACUGCCAAAAGAUCUUGAAUCGAUUAACAAAUGGAUAAGCAAAUCAGCGAGAUACACUGUGUCUAAUAUCUCUUAAUCAGUCGAAUAAAUUAGCUCCGAAGUACUUGGUAUUCAUGGUUAUGGUGUUAAAAGGACAAAAAUGAUAUAUCUACUAUGCUAAUCAGUUUUGGAAUUAGCUAGUUAUUGUGGCUGUCCAGUUCUUGCAUUUUUCCCACAAAAUAUAAAUUCAAAGCUUUCGUUUAACAUAUUGUUAGUUUUCAUAGAAUUCCUGUUUAUUUGUAAUUUGUUAUUUAUAAUUUUGUUGAAAACAAUAACCUGCUAGUAUACACUUUAUAUGAGGUCAGCAUUAUUGAUUGAACAAUAAUUUCCCAUAGACUGUUCAAAAGCUCAUGCAAGAUAACAAACGAAUAUAAUAAUAAAAAAAGGAAUUUAUUGAAAAACUCUUCGAAAGAUAUCUCAGUAACCAAAUGUCCAAUCCAAAUAAAAUUUCAGAGCCUUUCACACUGUAGCUUACUGUAGCUUUACUGUAGCUUUCAAUUGGUGCUAAGAGCACCCAAAUCGGUUGACAGACGGCUGAGAAAAUUAUUAUGAUACACUUGGUCAAAAAUCUCUCAAAAGGUUAACCUGUAUUACUCCCAAGUACUCUUUGAAAGAUAUCUCGAAAACCAAGUGUCCACUCCUAAUAAAAUUGUAUAGGGUUCUACUAGGAUGUUAUAGCUUUCAUUUGGUGCCAGGAGAACCGAAAUCGGUUGACAGACGGUUAAGAUAUUUAUUAUGAUACACUUGGUCAAAAAUCUUAAAAAGUUUAGAUGUAUAACUCCUAAGUACUCUUCGAAAGAUAUCUCGGUAACCAAAUGUCCAAUCGAAAUAAAAAUUCAGAACGUUCUACGAUAUUGUAGCUUUCAUUUGCUGCCAAGAGAACUCAAAUCGGUUGACAUACGGCUGAGAUAUUCAUCAAUAUGCUAAAUGUCAAAAAUCUCUCAAAAAGCUAACCUAUAUUACUUCAAAGUACUCUUCGAAAGAUAUCUCGGUAACCAAAUGUCCAAUCGAAAUAAAAUUUCUGGGCGAUCUACUAGGAUGAUGUAGCUUUCAUUUGGUGCCAAGAGAAUCCAAAUCGAUUGACAAACGGCCGAAAUAUUUAUUAUGAUACACUUGGUCAAAAAUCUUAAAAAGUUUAGUAGUAUGACUCAUAAGUACUCUUCGAGAGAUAUCUCGGUAACCAAACGUCCAAUCGAAAAAAAAUUCAAUAGCGUUCUACUAGGAUGUAGUAGCUUUUAUUUGCUUCCAAGAGAACUCAAAUCGGUUGACAGACGGCUGAGAAACGUGCGUGACUUUUUUUGUAACGCACAUACACACACACAUACAUACACACAUACACACACACAUACAGACAUUUGCUCAGUUCGUCGAGCUGAGUUCAUUGGUAUAUGAGACUCGGCCCUCCUCGGAUCGAGAGUCGGUUUUUCGAGCGAUAUUUAUACCCUUCUUAUGGGCGUAAGAAGGGUAAAAAGGCUUUUCCUACAUACAUUCCGUGAUAUUUUUGCUACUGUUUAUUAAGCUCAAAUAUUACAAAGAGAUAGUAGCUUUUAUGUAUUUGAUGCAAUUGCAUUUUCAUGCAGAGCUCCUUGAGAAACCAGAUUUGGUCAUAAAAAAGGCUUUUCCUACAUACAUUCCGUGAUAUUUUUGCUACUGUUUAUUAAGCUCAAAUAUUAAAAAGAGAUAGUAGCUUUUAUGUAUUUGAUGCAAUUGCAUUUUCAUGUAUAACUAACUUGUGUAACCAAAUAUGAUCAUAAAAAAUCUGUUGACAAACGGCUGAGAAAUGUAUUAUGAUACAUUUUAUCAAAAAUCUCUCAAAAGCGUAAAUUUCAUUACUCCUUAGUACUCGUGGAAAGAUAUCUCGGAAACAAAAUGUCCAAACGGCAUGAAGUUUAAUAGCAUACUACUUGAAUGCUAUAGCUUUCAUUUGAUGCUGAGAGAACUCAAAUCGAUUGACACACGGCUGAUUCAUUUAUUAUGAAGCAUUUUGUCAAAGACCUCUUAAAAAGUUAAGUUGUAUUACUCCAAAGUACUCCCCGAAAGAUAUCUCGGUUACAAAAUGUCCAAUCGGAAUGAAAUUCAAAAGCGUUCUUCUAGGGUGCAGUAGCUUUCGUUUCGGGCCUUAAGAACCCGAAUCGGUUGAUAGACGGCUGAGAAAUUUAUGGUGAUACACUUUGUCAAAAAUAUCUAAAAUAAUUAGGUUGUACUACUCCCUAGCACUCUUUGAAAGAUAUCUCGGUAACCGAACGUCCAAUCAAAAUAAAAUUCAAUAGCGUUCUACUAGGAUGUAGUAGCUUUCAUUUGCUUCCAAGAGAACUCAAAUCGGUCAACAGACGGCUGAGAACCGUGAGUGACAUUUUUUUGUAACAUACAUACACACACACACACACAUACACACACACACAUACAUACACGCACAUACAGACAUUUGCUCAAUUCGUCGAGCUGAGUUGAUUGGUAUAUGUGACUCGGCCCUGCGGGCCUCGGAUCGAAAGUCGGUUUUCCAAGCGGUAUUUAUACCCUUCUUAUGGGUGUAAGAAGGGUAAAAAUCACGUAUGAAUGUAACCCACAUUCAAAAUCAACAUUAAAUGAUACUGGAUGUUCUAGAAUGUCAAUGAUGCAUCAAACCCAGGGGGAGCAACACUAGUUUCGCCAAGCCGAAAAUCCCUUAAAAAGUCGAAAAAGACGAAAAAGCCUGGUAAAACCGCAAAACUUUUGCGGGUUUUAGCGACUUUUGGUCUUUUUCGGCUUUUUUUUUGAGUUUUUUUUUUGCUUGGCAAAACUAGUGUCGCUACCCUUGAUCAAACCCAAUGUUUUCCCUACACUCUAAGAAGUUUUCACGUCCGAUUUACGUGAAAUAUCACGUAGCUCAUCCUUAUUCUUAAAACUACCAAAGUUACGUGACGUUAGUCAUCUUCACUCGAUAACCACGUCGUAUGCAUCGCCCUGUUAGGUGAAAUCCACCAAAUUUUCACGUAAAUCGUUUAAUGCGAAUGUGUUAGUGCAUUUCGACUUGGAAGUUUCCGCGAAACGAAAGUUACGUGACUUUCAGGUGUGAAAAAACAAUCCAAUAUGGCGUCCAGAAGAAGUUUGGUGCAAAACUGCUUGUUAGAAUUUCCGUGCAAUUUGCUGUAAGUAUUGAACGAUAAUUUGAUUAUUUAACGUAAAGUGAUUAAUUUUACGCAGUUAUGAAUAUUUCUAUUUUCAAUAAUUUCAGAGCUGGAAUAGGCGAGGCGUUAUUGGUCGCGUGACGGUAGCGGAAGUCCAACGGAGGAGUUCACCGAGUAUUGGAAACGGUUGGAGUUCGAAGGUUUUGCUUCAACAUCCUUGGAUUAAUUUGCAAAUAGAUUUCUCCAUCCGAAACGUAUGUAGAUGUAUAAAUUAUAUAUGUAAGUGUAAAUUAAUUAAGUGCUUUAAAUAAAGGAAUGAUAAAGUUUUUCUUUAAUUGUUACAUAUAAGUACCAGCUUGUAGCGUAUUUGAGGAAGCAACAAAUUUCAAAUUCCUAUAAAAUGCAAUGAUAUAUUUAUUUUACUUUAGGGUACAUAUCCAUUUUCAUUGCAUUUUAUAAGGAUUCAAAAUCUGUUGCCUCUUCAAAUACGUUGCAAGCUGGUGCAACUGCUUUAUUUUCAUUCAAAAAUAAUGUAGAAAUUACGUGGAAUUCAUGUAGAGCUAAUCAUGUUUUCACGUAAAAGUUACCUGACAUUCCAGUGGCACUCACACACAUUUCAGGCAAACGAUACGUAAAACGCGAGUCAAAUUUACCUGUCUCAUCACGUCGAUUCGCGAAGCUCAAAUUUGUCAAGCUACCUGACAUUCCGGUGAAGGUGACGUGAAAAAUAUGGUGGACGAAAACUACCUAUCUUUUCACGUAAAUCGGACGUGAAAAUUCUUCAGAGUGUAAUAGAGGAGUAGGUUUUCAAAAACUUUGCCGAAGACAGAGUUCACUUUUAUCAAUUGGGUGAUUUUACUUUCAAUUGGUUUGGUUCACACCAAAUAAAGACACUCUUCGGGAAUAGAGUCGGUCCUACCGACAAUCUUGUUGGCAGACAGCAAGAUUCAACAGUUCUCAGGCAUUGGUUUCCGUUUCGGGACAUAAGAUUCAGCCAAGCGGUGGCUGAAUGUUUCCAAUCCAGCUGAAACAGGGUCUGCUGGAGCCCGUGGAAUCAAGUCCAGUUCAGAUAUAAUUGGAAUGCUUGGGAGUUGUAAGGUAGAUCACCGUACUCAACUAUCGAUAACUCAGCCAUUGGUUUCUUCAAAUGUGUUCGCUUUUGAGCCAAGCCCUCCUGAUAUUACUGCAACCGCACUCUACAAUCUUCAAGAUGGUUGGCUAUCCAGGACUAACAUAUUCCGAACCAACACUUAAAGGUCCGUUGGUGCCUCAUACGCAUACAACCGCAGGAAGCCGCAGGAUCAAAUACAUAAGCGCAUUCUCCACGCAGUACAAUGCGUCUUACGUUUCAAUGCUUUGCUACACUCCCGUUCAAAAGUUUGGGGUCACCCCCUAAAAACCUGUCAUUUUUUUAGGCCCAUAUCUCCGACAAUUUGCGUCCGAUUUCAAAACCCUAGGUUUCAUUCAAAAGAUAAUAAGUCAAAGAAACUUUGAACAUAAUUUAAAAGAAACUUUAGAAAAAAAUUGUAUGUAAACUUAACCCAAAGUUGUCAAAUUUUCUAAAAAAUGAAUAUAAACUUACGGCAGUUUCGCUGGAAAUUGGGUCGACCAAAUUUUAAGAUGAGAGCGGUAAUAUGACCCAUUUUCUAUUAGCUUUCAAGUGCUUUUUACAGAACUUAGCUAAAAAGUCUAGAAAAAAAGUUAUUAAGUAAAUUAAUCCUUGAUGUCAUCGACCAAAAGUUUGGGGUCACCCCUCAAAAUGAUGUAUCGGUCAAAAGUUUGGGGUCACUAUCGUAAAACAUGGAAAAGUGAUUUGUUGAUAUCUUUGUCAUCUUUCAUUCAAUUUUAAUUCUUCUUGGCUGCAGAGUCAAAGGAAAAGAACUCCAUCCUGGACUGGACGCUGCUAUCAUAUCGUCGUAUCGCCUGAACUUCUUCGAAAUUCGGUUUAGUAUCACUUAUUUAAGCUGAUCAUUUUGAUUGUUAGCAAGUCACAGUAAUAUGAUUUCGUUGAUGAAGGCGUUAUUGAUGUCAGUUCGUUGGUCUUCUACACUGAGACACACUCCGAAACAUCUAGGUAUAUUAUAAGUCUAUUACCGUCACACACGUUCAUGGCUGUCAUCCACGACCAAGCUAAUUCACGAAAACCACAGCAUUUCCACUACUUAACAAGUAGAUGAAUACAUAUCUCCAAAAUAGUAUAUUGCAUCGUUCACAUCUUUACGACGUUCUUGUGUUCUUAGCUUAGCUUGGCAACUGCCAUCAUCGCAGUUGCCUUAUCUAUAGCGCACUUGUUUCCAUUUGGAUUGACCAUCUUCUUCUAAUUUCCGGCACUGUUCCACGUGCUCGUUCUCUAACACCAUUUUUUUUUCAUUUGUAACUAUUUGUUUUUGUUUUGUUUGGGUUUUUUCGACGACUGCUGACCCAUUCUCGUGUUUCACCUAAACAUUCAACAUGAUUGUUUAAACGAGAGACAAGAGUCCCAUUUCGUCUAGCACUUGUAUUCUCCUUCUUUUUACAAACGAGUCAAACAGAAAAAAAAAAAAUAAUGGGAAAAUAUCUCUAACCUACAAUUACUACAAAUUGUUUUAAACUUUAUCACUGUCGAUCAAAAAAAAUAUAUAAACAUUACAUUAACAAAAAGAAAGAUAAAGAAACCUAAACUUUGUCCCUUGCAGUUCACUUGUAAAGCUGUUAGCGCGCGGUCCAGGUGCUUGUGAGUGAAAAUGAGUAGUUGUUGUAUUUAUAGAUCUUGCUGAGAAGUGAUGCCAUAUGUAUGUAAAACAAUGAAUGCACUACCGACUGGUUCAGCGGUAAAAUGUUACUAACAAUUACUAAAGACAACUUAGGUACCAUAAGAUCGGUAAAACUACUGUGUACGUAUUUCGGUGCACCUUUUUGUACCGAACUUUGGAAUUUUCCACCGAAUUUUGGUAAACUCGAUUAAACUCUAGUGUGUGAAGGAAAAAAAA